AUGCGUAUAAGGAAAAAGUUUCUUGCUGGGAGCGUGUCACUGCUGCUCUUCACUGCAUUGCUGCUGCUGCUGUCCCCCUCUGGCCAAGAUGUGACUGUUGUGGCCGAUGAUCCUCUCCUUGAGCAGCAAGUACAGGAGCUCCAGGAGAGGCUGCACAAGGCCCUGAACUUAAACAGACAACGUGAACAAGAGCUUUCAGAAAUGCUCAACAAGAUUGACACGAGACAAAUUGACACGAGGAUAGGAAACUAUUCAAGAGGGUUAGUUUUGUGCAUGUGUGUCUAUUUGUGUGUAUACAUGUUUUUGUGUGGCACAUGCCCUUUACAUGUGUGUCCAUAUUCUUCCAGUACAAAUCUGUUCAUAUUGCAAGAACUGCUGACUGGCCUGCAGGUGCCUGGCAUACAUACUCACCUGCCUCAUCUGACAGCUCACCCAGAGUCCCUCAGACCAGCCAUCAAGCUGUCCAAAGACAGACAGGAAGUGAGCAUUGCUAUUGGCAUUCCAACAAUUAAGAGAGAAAAGACAACAUACCUCCUUCACACUCUAUCUUCUUUGAUCGGUGAUCUGAAUAAGGAUGAGGUCAAUGACUGUGUCAUUAUUGUGUUCAUAGCUGAGCCAUGGGACCUGAAUUAUGCAGAGCAAGUGAUAACAGUGUUGAGAGAGAAUUUUGCCCAAGCUUUGGAUUCUGGAUUGCUGGAGGUGAUAGUGCCUCCAGCUGGUUUCUACCCUGACCUGGACAGUCUCAGAGAGACCUUUGGUGACACCAAGGAGAGGGUCAAGUGGAGAACAAAGCAAAACUUGGACUAUGCGUUUCUCAUGCUGUAUGGUAGACCUAAAGCUACAUAUUAUGUUCAGAUGGAGGAUGAUGUCAUUGCUAAACCUGGCUAUCUAACCAUCAUGAAAACAUUUGCACUUCAGCAGAAGGCAGACUGGAUUAUGUUGGAGUUUUCAGCCCUUGGUUUUAUAGGGAAAAUGUUCAAAUCUUCGGAUGUGCCUGUCAUUGUGGAGUUUUUUCUGAUGUUCCACGCAGAUAAGCCCAUAGAUUGGCUUCUGGACCACUUCUUAUGGGUCAAGGUUUGCAGUCCAGAAAAAGAUGCAAAACACUGCCAGCGCAUGAUUCAAGCCGUGCGGCGCAGAUUUAAGCCCUCAUUGUUUCAGCACAUAGGCGUGGAAUCAUCUCUCAAAGGAAAAGUGCAGAAGCUGAAAGACCGAGAUUUCGGCAAGGCUGGCUUGUACAGGGCCCAUGUCAAUCCACCCGUCCAGCUAGCCUCAUCAUUGAAAACCUACCAGAAGUAUUCCCUCAGCAAAGCUUACGUUGGGGAGACAUUUUUCUGGGCCUCAAACCCAUCAAAGGGCGACAUCAUCGAUUUUACAUUUGAUCCUCCAAUACAUAUAGAUGUAUAUUUAUUCAGGAGUGGGAACACAGACCACCCUGGAGAUUUAUUUCACAAUACAACAAUUGAAAUUCUGACCACGGAGACACUUAGCGAAUCAGAGAUUCAUAAAAUUGCCAGACGGGCAGGCUUGAGUCAGGCUGAAAUUGAUGAGACAUCAGAAGGCUUUAUUCCUAUUGGUCGCUUUAAUGAGGGAGGGCUGGCCCAAGGAGAAAUUCCUGAGGGUGUGGGCUCUGUACGCACUCUCCGAAUUCAUGUUCAUGAGGAGUCAGAUUCUUGGGUGAUUUUAAGUGAGAUAAUGAUUCAAGAGAGUAAGAGGUAG